UCCCCCCCCAGUGACGCCUGACAGCCCCGUCUGUAGUCGACUAAUUUUUGCCGGGGAGAUGGACUUGUUUUGAGUCCAGAGGGCCCUCUGCUGUAUUUCCUUCAUCUGUUAUUUACCUUAACUGGCGGAUUUUGUUGCGCAACAGUGGCAGUAACGUUAUUUUAGCUAGCAGCCCCUCGCUGUAUCGCAGCAGCAGCAGCAGCAGCAGCCGGCUGAGCGAGGGUGAGCAGAGAUGAGCUAUUAGUCUGGUACGGUCUGUACUUCAGAACUGGUUUGGUAGGCACGGAUGACAGCCACCGUUUGGCCCCUGCUUCGAGGAGAUCAGAUGUUUACAGAAAUCUGUUGAGUCAAGCUAGCUAGCAGUUACUAUGAGUGCAAUGCGUGUGGACGCCAAAGUGGUGAUGCUGGGAAAGGAGAGUGUGGGGAAGACCAGCCUGGUGGAGAGAUACGUUCAUCAUCGCUUCCUGGUCGGCCCCUAUCAGAACACUAUAGGUGCUGCUUUUGUUGCCAAACCAAUCCAGGUGGGAGAGAAGGUGAUUACCCUGGGAAUAUGGGACACAGCGGGAUCAGAGCGCUAUGAAGCUAUGAGCAGGAUCUACUACAGAGGAGCGCGGGCAGCCAUCGUCUGCUACGAUCUGACUGAUAGCAGCAGCUUCCAGAGAGCUCGCUUUUGGGUGAAGGAGCUGCAGAACUGUGAGGAACACUGUAAGAUCUACCUGGUCGGCACUAAGAAUGACCUGAUUGUAGGAGAUCGGAGCCUUCGACAGAUCGACUACCAUGAUGCUCAGGACUUUGCUGAAGAGAUCGGUGCUCAGCAUUUUGAGACGUCCAGUAAAACAGGAAACAAUGUUGAUGAGCUGUUCCAGAAAGUUGCUGAGGACUACAACAGCACCUCCUUUGAGUAUAUGACAGAAGAAAGCAGUGUUGACUUGGGCCAGAAGAAAGACUCGUAUUUCUACUCCUGUUGCCAUAACAACUGAUGUCCAACAACAGGAGAAGAAACAGCGAUGGUCACCCAGACCCGACCGUAGUUAAACCUGGAUAUGCUGGAUCGAUGUCCGAUAACUCUGAUGUGGAACUGGGAUCCCAACCACAGAAAGAAGUGACUGUUUACACUUUGUUCAAUCUGUUUCUUUCUUUUGUGCCAUAAAUAACUGAGAGCUAAAAGACUACGGGAGAGGAUUUACAUCUGAUGAAGAGGGAUCUACGCACCAACUCUCACUUUUCACUAAUUUUUCCUUCCUUGUGUCAGCUGGUCCUUUGUCUUUUCCUCUAAACUGGACCCUGGGAUUACACAUCCUUAAACAAUCAGGAGCUGGAUUGGUUAGAGGACGACCUGCAGCUGAGCUGAAGGAGGAUCCCACAAACACAGACUGGCAGAGAAAGUUGAUCGACACUGUUAACUGUUGUAGCAACCUCGAUGCAUCAGGAGGGUGGAUGGUUUGUUUACAACAGCUGAUUUUUGUUUACCUCCAACUCUAUUUAACCUUGUUAUGGAGUCUGAUAAUCCAAGAAGCCCGAUGGAGAGAAGCCAAAUAUGAUCUGAUCUGUCAGAAAUACACUGACUGUUAUCUCGCAAGCUUUGGCUGGCCACACGCUAGACGGUUAUCAAAUCUGGAAUGGUUUUAAAAAUGUGGAAGUCUUCUAAACAUAGACUCUAGACCCUGAGAGUAAACACCUGCCGCCUCUAGUAACAAUUUUACAUUGAAGAUUCCCCUCACACUAGAUCAGCAGUUCCCAACUGGUGGGUCAGGACCCAAAAGUAGGUUUGCAGAGCUGUUUCCAGUGGGUCCUGAUGUACCUGGAAAAACUUUUAAUUCUCUAUAGUUUUCCUGUGAUAACAAUUAAAAUCCAAUCAUUUCUUCAAGAUUUUACCUUAUUUAUCUUCUUUAUUGGGAUAACAAAGCUAUUUUUCCUAAGAUAAUAAGUUAAUUUCUUUGGAAAUGGCCAAAAUUUCCAUGUUAUUUUGGGAAACUCAAGUAAAGAUACCAUACAAUAACACAAUAUGACGAAUAAACUAGCUCUGCCCAUCUCAAACUGUUCACUUCCUGUUUUGAAUUGAGGUCUCUUUUUAAAAAAUAACAGCUUCUCAUAAACAGAAAACCAACAUCGUCCUGUGUAGUAACGAGUGAGGAAUGCACUUAAAAAGGCACUUCCUGUUCGUACUGGAAGCGGUCCCUGAAUCCCAGAAUUGCAUGUGCAUUGGUGUUGCUUCCAGCAUGAAUGUGGAAGUGCACUCUUAGAGGCAUUUCUCCCUCAUUCUGAGAAAUUUGAGUGAAACCUAAAUGUCUGUUUAGUAAAACAGCUUAUUGAACUGAGACCUCAAUUAAAAAACAAGUAGAGUUGAGGCAUUAGCACUGAGCAGUGCUGGGUUGAACUCGUGGUGUGUAAGGGGGAGGUCCAUGUUGCAGAGGUGGGUGGUCGAUAAAGUUGCAUACAGUUGCAAUUAUAGAAAUAAAGAAUUUCUGUCUUUGAAAUUUUUAGGAAUUAUUUAAGAUACUGUAAGAACUAUAUGUUUAUUCAGGGCUUAUAUCGAUACGGUUAUUAGUAGUUUAUCUGACCAAUAACCGAUAAUUCUAAUUGAAAUGCUACUAAAUGCACUUGAUAUGGCAAAAGUAAAACUGCAAUUAAAAAAUAACCAUAAACACACAGUCUACCUCUGUCAAUGUGAGAAACCGCACAGAGCAACACUGUAGCAGCAGGAAACAGGAAGUGGGGCCACACACUUCCUGUGUCAGAGCCACUAAGGCCUCAGUGUUGAUUGGCUGGUAGUUGUAUUACAUGAAACCAGUCAGAUUGUGUUUUAAGCAGGAUGUUAGGUGAGACUGUAGGGACUGAAAACAAACCCAGAAGGGGAAGACACCAUGCAGCAGAACCAAAUUAGCUCACCUUUGAAUUACCUGAUUCUGGCUGAUUAUCAUUAAAAUGAAAUGCUGACACCAAUUAUCAGCUAAAUGCCAAAUAUCAGCAUUAAUAAUCGGCCAGACGGAUAGUCAGUCGACACAAUUAAAAGAUACAUAAAACAUAUGAAUCGUCAUUUAUUCAAUUAGUAAAGGUAUUUUAGUGCAAAAAUAAUUUAGUGUGGUUAGAAUUCUGGUUGUGAUAAGGAGGUGGUAGAGGGUCCUGACAUCUGACCAGUUGAGAACUUCUGCAUUAGAUCUUGUGUGAUCUAGUGUGAGUUCAGAAGAAAAACAAACAUGGAGGGUGAUUGAAAUCUCCAGAUGGCUGUCCUGGCAUGCGUCACAGUUGCAACAAAAAGCAAAAAAAGCAAAAAAGUAUGGCUGAAAUCCUGGCUAAGGUGACGGUAAAACGGUGAUUGGAGAGCUGUAAAAUUAUGACACUACCCAGGGCUGCUCUCUUUUCAUUUGUUGCUGAGGUUUUCCACUGUGAGGCGGUCCGACCUAGAAUCAUACAGGAGGUUUAGAUGUGGUUGGGAGAAGUAAAUUGACACCACACUCUUGGGAACAAACUUCAAAUCCAGGAUCCUCGGAGGGAGCAAAAUAGCGUAAAAUCAUCCGUCUAGUGUGUUGCCAGCCCUGCUCAGAAUUUUCACCUAGAUUUAAUGAAUCUUUUAUCGUUGCAACUAAGAUACAGCACAUGACACCAAUGAUCUUCUCAAAAGCCUUAUACUUGCAUUAGAGAUAACAAGAUUGUGAGUAAAUUAACCUAGCAAUUACCAAGUUUUGCCAUGUGACACCAUGGAUGUAUUAACAGAGAUGGUUUCUGCUGCACCACUCAGCCUUGCUAGUUGUUUGCCACGAUGGCUUGUCAAAAGAAAUCUUCCUCUGACCCGAAAACAACUUCUACACUGACGGCACCUUUAAAACUGGUCAUUUAAACUAGAAAAGGGGUUUGAGUACUCAUUUUUAACUUUUCAGUGAUGGGAAAGCUGUAAAACAGUCAAAAAACCUGUUUUAUUUGCAUGAUUCUGAUUAAAAUGAAGAUAAGUGGCAACAUGUGGCCAGCAGGAGAAACACUAAUAAGCAUGUGCAGUGGGCCACAAGGAACCAUGUAAACCUUGUCUUUUCUUUUGAGCCUCUUUCAUUCAGUCCAGUAUCGAGUCUUUUAAGCAUCCAUUAACCAUGUCUGUGAUCUGGUUUGUUUUGCUGCAUAAGCUAUGAUUCUCUCAAGUAGAAAAACACGAUUGUGAUUAUUAGGUGAUGGUUUCUAAAUGCCUUUAUCUCUAUCAUUAAACUGCAUGGCCUCAGCAGACUGAGAGAAAAUGUCAGUGACAGUUAAUUUCCUGCAUUUAAAUCUAAAUUUUCUAUUUUCUAACUUCAAAUGCAGCGUACACAUGAAAACUGUCAGAUUUUCUUUCAGGCUUCAUUUAAAGGUUUGAGAUGAUCUAAGUUCCUCCUCUCUGUGUUGAGAAACUGAAGAUUUCAGCACCACUGGAGCAAACAUUGUGGCUGAAUGUUGUAAUAAACUGUCACCUGGAUGUUCUCAGAACAAUAUCUACAGCUCUAUUUAACUUCAACUCACUAAUUUAUUGCCUUUUUAAGUUGUGCUGCCAAGAAGACGCGGGGAAACGAACAGACUUCAUAUCAGUUUCCUUGAUGUCGCUGCUUUGACGUGUUGAUGUUUCAUGUGUUGAAAUCUUGAGGCACAAAUGUUUUUUAUUCAGGGCUGUUCAACACAGACCAAUGUAAAGUAAAAACAUGUUCUGUAAAAUUAAAAGCUUGU